AUGUUUAAGGCAGGAGAAGGAACUCUUCAGAAAGAGCUAUACAAUCUCAUAAGAAAUCCCAGAGGAGUGGAAAUCCCAGAGGAGUGGAAAUCCCAGAGGAGUGGAAAUCCCAGAGGAGUGGAAAUCCCAGAGGAGUGGAAAUCCCAGAGGAGUGGAAAUCCCAGAGGAGUGGAAAUCCCAGAGGAGUGGAAAUCCCAGAGGAGUGGAAAUCCCAGAGGAGUGGAAAUCCCAGAGGAGUGGAAAUCCCAGAGGAGUGGAAAUCCCAGAGGAGUGGAAAUCCCAGAGGAGUGGAAAUCCCAGAGGAGUGGAAAUCCCAGAGGAGUGGAAAUCCCAGAGGAGUGGAAAUCCCAGAGGAGUGGAAAUCCCAGAGGAGUGGAAAUCCCAGAGGAGUGGAAAUCCCAGAGGAGUGGAAAUCCCAGAGGAGUGGAAAUCCCAGAGGAGUGGAAAUCCCAGAGGAGUGGAAAUCCCAGAGGAGUGGAAAUCCCAGAGGAGUGGAAAUCCCAGAGGAGUGGAAAUCCCAGAGGAGUGGAAAUCCCAGAGGAGUGGAAAUCCCAGAGGAGUGGAAAUCCCAGAGGAGUGGAAAUCCCAGAGGAGUGGAAAUCCCAGAGGAGUGGAAAUCCCAGAGGAGUGGAAAUCCCAGAGGAGUGGAAAUCCCAGAGGAGUGGAAAUCCCAGAGGAGUGGAAAUCCCAGAGGAGUGGAAAUCCCAGAGGAGUGGAAAUCCCAGAGGAGUGGAAAUCCCAGAGGAGUGGAAAUCCCAGAGGAGUGGAAAUCCCAGAGGAGUGGAAAUCCCAGAGGAGUGGAAAUCCCAGAGGAGUGGAAAUCCCAGAGGAGUGGAAAUCCCAGAGGAGUGGAAAUCCCAGAGGAGUGGAAAUCCCAGAGGAGUGGAAAUCCCAGAGGAGUGGAAAUCCCAGAGGAGUGGAAAUCCCAGAGGAGUGGAAAUCCCAGAGGAGUGGAAAUCCCAGAGGAGUGGAAAUCCCAGAGGAGUGGAAAUCCCAGAGGAGUGGAAAUCCCAGAGGAGUGGAAAUCCCAGAGGAGUGGAAAUCAGCUGCCAUCAUCCCACUGCAUCAAAAGAACAGUAA